GCAUGCGCGCUCUGCGCUGUCUUCUCCCGGUCAGAGCAGCAGCCGCGGCGGCGUUUGAGUGGACGAAGAUGGCGGAUCGGGGCGACUCGGGGUCCCGCUAGCUGUGAGGACCCCAGCGUACUGCAAGUGCUGCGUGAGGCAGAGCGAGUCUGCUCUGACCCUGUCCUUGGUUCCCUCAUCACGGUCGCCAGCGGAGCGAACCCGAGAGCGUAGAGCGGGCUGGGCCAGCUGUCAAGUGGAAUGUCAUGGCCAGCUCCUCGGACAGUGAAGAUGACAGUUUCAUGGCUGUGGACCAAGAAGAAACUGUGCUGGAAGGGACAAUGGAACAAGAUGAGGAGCCCCGCCCAUUAUUGGAGGUUGAGGAGACUAGACAUAAUAGGUCCAUGUCAGAGCUGCCAGAAGAAGUUUUGGAGUAUAUCCUGUCCUUUCUGUCACCAUACCAGGAGCACAAGACGGCAGCCCUUGUCUGCAAACAGUGGUAUAGACUUAUCAAAGGUGUAGCCCACCAGUGUUAUCAUGGUUUCAUGAAGGCUGUCCAGGAAGGAAACAUUCAGUGGGAGAGCCGAACUUACCCUUAUCCUGGAACUCCAAUCACGCAGAGGUUCUCACACAGUGCUUGCUAUUAUGAUGCUAAUCAGUCUAUGUACGUAUUUGGAGGCUGUACCCAGAGCAGCUGCAAUGCGGCCUUCAAUGACCUUUGGAGACUUGACCUAAAUAGCAAAGAGUGGAUCCGACCCUUGGCUUCAGGGUCCUAUCCUUCCCCCAAAGCUGGAGCAACUCUGGUUGUGUACAAGGACCUGCUAGUGCUGUUUGGUGGCUGGACGCGGCCAAGCCCUUAUCCCCUACACCAACCGGAGAGAUUCUUUGAUGAAAUACACACUUAUUCACCCUCUAAAAAUUGGUGGAACUGCAUUGUGACAACCCAUGGGCCACCUCCUAUGGCUGGCCACUCCUCCUGUGUGAUAGAUGAUAAAAUGAUUGUUUUUGGUGGCUCUUUAGGAUCUCGGCAAAUGAGCAACGAUGUCUGGGUCCUUGACCUUGAGCAGUGGGCGUGGUCCAAACCGAACAUCUCCGGCCCCAGUCCUCAUCCUCGAGGUGGCCAAUCUCAGAUUGUCAUAGAUGAUGCAACUAUCUUAAUUCUUGGAGGGUGUGGCGGUCCCAAUGCUCUGUUCAAGGAUGCUUGGUUGUUGCACAUGCACUCAGGUCCCUGGGCUUGGCAGCCACUCAAGGUAGAAAAUGAAGAGCAUGGGGCCCCAGAACUCUGGUGCCAUCCAGCUUGCCGGGUGGGACAAUGUGUGGUGGUCUUCAGCCAGGCUCCUAGUGGGAGAGCCCCACUAAGCCCCAGUUUGAACUCUCGUCCAUCACCCAUCAGUGCUACUCCUCCAGCCCUGGUUCCUGAAACCCGAGAGUACCGUUCUCAGUCUCCAGUAAGAAGUAUGGAUGAAGCGCCUUGUGUUAAUGGCCGCUGGGGAACACUGAGGCCCAGGGCUCAAAGGCAGACUCCUUCGGGAUCCCGGGAAGGGAGUCUUUCCCCAGCCAGAGGAGAUGGCUCUCCUAUCCUGAAUGGUGGGAGUUUAUCUCCAGGAACAGCAGCUGUCAGUGGGUCUUCCUUGGACAGCCCUGUACAGGCCAUAUCUCCAAGUACUCCAUCUGCUGCUGAAGGAUAUGACCUAAAAAUGGGACUUUCUUUGGCUUCUCGAAGAGGGUCACUACCGGAUCAGAAAGAUCUGAGAUUAGGAUCCAUAGAUCUGAAUUGGGAUCUGAAGUCUGCUUCCAGUAGCAAUCAUAUGGAUGGCAUGGACAACAGGACAGUUGGGGGAAGUAUGAGACACCCUCCUGAACAGAUGAAUGGUGUGCAUACCCCACCGCAUGUGGCCAGUGCCCUUGCAGGGGCUGUCUCCCCAGGUGCCCUGCGUCGGAGUCUGGAAGCCGUCAAAGCAAUGUCAUCCAAAGGCCCCUCCACCUCUGCAGCACUAAGUCCUCCUCUUGGGUCAUCUCCAGGCUCCCCUGGGAGCCAGAACCUGAGCAGUGGAGAAACAGUGCCCAUUCCCCGCCCAGGGCCUGCCCAGGGAGAUGGACAUUCCUUACCUCCCAUUGCCCGCCGCCUGGGCCAUCACCCUCCACAGUCCCUAAAUGUUGGCAAACCCCUAUACCAGAGUAUGAACUGCAAGCCAAUGCAGAUGUACGUGCUGGACAUUAAAGACACCAAGGAGAAAGGGCGGGUCAAAUGGAAAGUAUUUAAUAGUAGUUCAGUGGUCGGGCCUCCCGAAACCAGCCUACACACAGUGGUACAAGGCAGAGGUGAACUCAUCAUAUUCGGAGGACUUAUGGAUAAGAAACAGAAUGUGAAGUACUAUCCCAAAACAAACGCCUUGUACUUUGUGCGAGCAAAGAGAUAAUGUGUUCUACACCCCUUUCCCUUUCUGUGGCUUUUACUUUGGAAUUUUCCAGUGUGUAAGCAUUUGGACUGAGAACUGGGAAAACAACAAAAUUAUUCCCAUAAAUUAAAACAGUAAUUCCCAACCUAAGUCACUCCAGGCUGGGAGCAAAUCUCCAUUAAGAAAAAAAUUAUAUAUAAAUAUAUAUAUGUACAUAUAUAUAUUAUAUAGCCAACUCUGUUUACAAAAAGGGAGAGAUCUCUGUCCUGGUUCAGAUAAAAUUGUUGCUGUGUUUUA